AUGUCGAAGAAUGGCAACGAGGGCAUGGUUUCAAAGAUUGAUGUCGACCUCGACUACCUUAUCAGUUAUGGAGAGAAGAGUGGGUUUGAGCCCACCACCCGAGCCCAUCCUCCAGGGUUUGGCACCUUGGUCGAUGAAACUCAAAUUUGCUCUGCAAACUCAAGCAUCGCCGCUACUAUGGGGACCCGAGCAGUCGAAAUGGUAUGGGUUAAUAGGGCUGGCAAGGGAUCAAGCCAGCCCGAAAGAGGCGUGACCCAGGACGAGCGUGAUGAUCUCCUCCGUGGCGUGGGGUCGCAGUUCGAUUGCGUGCCCAAGAUCGGUCUUGACAAGGGAGUUUCCGCUGCCGGUCACGAGUCUCAACGUGAAAAUGAGCAGUUGGGUGGUAGUCGAGGGUGA